AUGCCCGCGCGCAGGCGUCCACCAGCGGGGUCACGCACCGAGCUCCCACCGCUGAAAAUCAUCCGCAAGAUCCUCUUACUACAAAUCGCAUAUUAUGUCUGCGCCACGGUCCUUAUCUUGUUCACGACGGUGGUGUACGGAGCGCCCUUCUCGCUAGAUCUGGUAUUUGGCUGGGACACGAUCCGCGGAGACACGACGAUUGGAUGGAUGCUUGGACUGGUGUGGAUGUUGAAUUGUUUUGUUAGCGUGAUUUUCCUGCUUCUAUUCGUAUCACGCUCGAAGUUGGUUCCGGAUUUCGCUUUGACGAUUCACUUCCUCCAUCUUGUUACUACGAUCUUCUAUACUCGGUCUAUUCCCUCGAAUCUGCUUUGGUGGGGUCUUCAAUUCGCCAGUGCGGGAAUGAUGAUAUUCCUCGGCAUGUGGGCUUGUCAACGGAGGGAGCUGGAACCUAUCAAGUUUGGUGGACAUGGUAGCAGCCAAGCUAGUUCAUCUCAGCCUGAUGAGCCAGAGUCCAGUCUUAAUAGGGGCCGUGGUCGAGAUCGCAGCUUGCAGGAGUAUGAGAUGGAUGAUAUGAGGCAUAAGGGUGAGCAUGCUGUAUGA